GAAGCAAGUCUAGUCGUGAUUCCUAACCAAAAUUUCUUGAGCCCUUAACCCUAAUUUCGAUUUCGACUUCGACGAUCCUCUCUGAUGGCGAAUGAUAAGCAAAUCGAAUCUCACCACCGCAAGCACCACCGUUCAUCUUCCUCGUCCGACGAGACUGAAAAAUCAUCGAAGCGGCACAAGCACCGUCAUCACAAGCAUCAUCACCACAGGCAUCGCCAUCACCGAGAUAAGAAGCGCGACGAUGAAAUUCCAUCCGCCGGCGAUGAGACAGAGAUGGUGGAUGUUACUCCGGCGGUUCCAAUUGGUGUUAGUAACGGCGGUGAGGAGGAUGUGGAGGAAGGGGAGAUUUUAGAAGAAGAUGCGAUUGGUGAUGGUUUGAUAAAGACGGCAGAUUCUGACAGCGAGUUAGGCGAAAUCAAAUCCGUUCAAUUUGAAGAUAAUAAUCUGCCUCCAUUUGGGAAAAAAGGGCGUCAAGGAGAAGAGGAGAGUUCUAAUGGUGUUCUAAAUCGUGAAUCUGAAAGGGAGGAUAAGAGGUGGGAUAAAGAUGCUAGAGGUCCUUCAGAGAGGGUUAGUAAGAUAAGUUAUGAUAAUGGCAAGAGUUCGUUUUCUUCGGAAAGCUCUGAAGAGAAGCGUAAGACUAGUAACCGGUCUCCGUCAAAUAGAAGGCAGUCUAAUGAAGUCCGUGCUCGGAGUAGAUCUAAGUCACAUGAUCGGGAGAGAGAAAUGUCAAGAUCAAGGAUUGUUGUGGAGGAUGAGUUUUCGGACAGAGGAAGACAUCGUGAUUCUAGUAGGGAUUAUCAUCAUGACAGAGUUGACUCUGGUAGGACUGAGGAAAGAUAUCAUCGACGUGGGCGAUAUGAGGAAAAUGACAGGAAAUAUAGCCGAGAUGUCUUGGAAAGAGAUAGAAGUAAGGAGAGAGAUAUGGACAGGGAGGGAAGCAUAAGAGAUAGGGAUUCAGAAGCAUGUAAGCGGAGAGAGAAAGAUAGUGAUCGGAGGAGGGAAAGAGAACGAGAGAAGAGAAGGGAGAUAGAGUCUGGCCGUGAAAGACGAAAAGAGAAAGAACGAGAGCGCAGCAUGGAUAGGGAUAGGAGAAGGGAUAGGGAAGGAGAUUAUUUACGGGAUAGAGAUAAUGAAAGAGGUAGGAGUAGAGAUAGAACCAGGUAUAACAGCAGAGAGAGGAAGAGAGAAAAGGAAAGGGAGGGUGAAAAAGAUUGGGAGCGAGGAAGAGAAACCCAGAAUGAUAGGGAGAAGUACAGAAGUAGUGAUGUGGACUAUGGUGAGAUGAGGCACAAACAGUCUAGACAUUCAAGAGAUGAUGCGGUAGAUGACGUAGAAAUGAGAAAGCCAAAUUCUUCGAAGGCCCAUAAUUCUAAGGGUGAUAAGUCAGAAGAAAAGUGGGGCAAUGAUGAAAGGUCCCGAAAUGAGGAUGGCCAAGAUGAUAAUGACGAAGGACUUACGUGGAAAUCUCCUGAGGAAGAAGAAGAAGAAGUACUAAAUAGAAUUAAGGAGGAGAGCAGGAAGCGAAUGGAAGCCAUACUGGAGAAACAUAAGAAGAAGCCCGAGCAGCAAAAUGAACUUUUAACUCAGGAUAAUGGGAAAGAUGUUGUUCAAGAAACUGGUGCUCCAGUUUCGACUUCUCCUGCAGUUGUCAUAGCAGCUAAUGUUGGUCAGGCCAAAACUAACUUGGACUUUGAUACUGACGCUAACAAGGCAUCAUUAAUAGUCGGUGGGCCACCUACUAUACUUCAAAUUUCAGACUCAGAGAAGAAUCAAGCUCCAGCGGGGCUUGGUGAAGGUAGCCCGAAGAGUGAAAGAUCAGCUGACAUGUUUGAUGAUGAUAUCUUUGGAGAGUCCCCAGCUGGUAUUCGGAAAGUGGGAGGGAAAGGUGAUGGUGUUCCCAUGGUGAGGAGCGGGCUUCAUGAUAAUUGGGAUGAUGCAGAGGGUUAUUAUAGCUAUCAGUUUGGCGAGUUACUUGAUGGUAGAUAUGAAGUCAUUGCUACUCAUGGAAAAGGUGUCUUCUCUACUGUGGUUCGUGCGAAAGACUUGAAAGCUGGACCAGCUGAACCUGAAGAGGUGGCUAUAAAAAUUAUUCGUAACAAUGAGACGAUGCAUAAAGCUGGCAAGAUUGAGGUUCAAAUAUUGAAGAAGCUGGCUGGCGCUGACCGAGAGGACAGGCGCCACUGUGUUCGUUUUCUUUCAAGCUUUAAGUACCGUAAUCACCUUUGCUUGGUGUUUGAGUCGCUCCAUUUGAAUCUUCGUGAGGUCUUGAAGAAGUUUGGUCGCAACAUUGGUCUCCAACUCUCUGCUGUUAGGGCUUAUUCAAAGCAGCUAUUCAUUGCCCUUAAACAUCUAAAGAAUUGUGGGGUUCUUCACUGCGAUAUAAAACCUGACAACAUGCUGGUCAACGAGGGGAAAAAUGUGUUAAAGCUUUGUGACUUUGGUAAUGCAAUGUUUGCUGGCAAAAACGAAGUUACACCGUAUCUUGUUAGUCGCUUUUACAGAUCCCCUGAAAUUAUUCUGGGUCUCACCUAUGACCAUCCGUUGGAUAUAUGGUCUGUUGGCUGCUGUCUGUAUGAGCUUUAUAGUGGAAAAGUUCUUUUCCCUGGCGCCACAAACAAUGAUAUGUUGCGACUUCAUAUGGAACUGAAAGGUCCCUUCCCUAAAAAGAUGCUCCGCAAGGGAGCAUUUAUUGAUCAGCACUUUGAUCAUGACUUGAACUUUUAUGCUACAGAGGAAGACACCGUUAGUGGAAAGCUGAUAAAAAGAAUGAUCGUAAAUGUAAAGCCGAAAGAUUUUGGUUCAAUCAUUAAAGGUUACCCUGGUGAGGAUCCCAAGAUGUUAGCUCAUUUCAGGGAUCUCUUGGACAAAAUGUUCAUCCUUGAUCCCGAGAGGAGACUGACUGUGUCACAGGCAUUAGCUCACCCAUUCAUCACUGGCAAAGCUUUGGUUACAAUGUCGACAUGGGUGGAGUUCUCAUUACCGACGAUUCUCAGGGGACUUUACUGGUUCUCUAUUGACAUCUACCAAUGCUUAGAGCCACCCCUAACAUCUUUCAAUGCUUUAAAGGCACACAGGAGAAGGUUUUGCUUGGAGGGGAGAGAGCUGCACAAGAAAAACAUACAAAGGGUUUUUCCUCUCUCCUCCUGCAAGUUUGGUAAGUAUCUCGAGCUUUAUGGCCACUCUGUGUUGCUGUGGAUGUUCCUUUUUGUUCAUAGUCGUUUAGAUAACUUGCCUUUAGGAUUUCGUUAACACUAAAGUUUUCUUUUGGUUGUCAAGGUAUAUCUCUUUGUAGUUGUGUUUGUUGCUAUGAGCCGACUUGAUUUAAUGGUUUGGUUACUGCCAGUAUUUGGUUCACUGUAUUGGCAGUAACACUCGCAUGAGAAUAUUGAACUUAGGUAAACCGAAAUGAAUCUGUAAUAGAUGUUAAUUUGUAUAGAUUUACAUUGUCGGUCUUAAGUUAUAAGAUUGUAUUGUAUGUAUGCAAAGUCCAUGGUUGCUUAAGUUUGGACAUCGAUAGUUGUUUAAAACCAACAACUCUCUGUUCCUAUGACGUAUGAUUCAAAGGCAAUAAUCAAUAAGAUUUUAUUUU